GUGAAAAAUGUCAGACGACGUGGCUGAUGAAAGAUGGAACCCGUACCGCAUAAUGCAGCUUAAAAUUUUGUAAGAUCACGAAAUGUCAUAUAAAAUUAUCCGUUUAUAAAAGUGUUUUUAAGUAACUAGUUUUUUUUGUAUUGUUGAUAAUUUAUUUAAUGUUAUAAACGUAUUAUUUUUAUCGUAACUAUGGGGCUGUGCAAGUGUCCGAAAAGAAGAGUUACAAAUCUGUUUUGUUUUGAACACCGUGUCAAUGUUUGUGAACAUUGUAUGGUUACGAAUCACCCAAAGUGUAUUGUUCAAUCGUAUAUUUUGUGGCUACAUGACCAUGAUUACAAUCCAAUAUGUACAUUAUGCUCCGUAAAUUUAAGCGAAGGAGAUUGUGUUCGGCUAACAUGCUAUCACAUGUAUCAUUGGGCAUGUUUGGACAAAUAUGCCAGGGAAUUACCAGAAACUACAGCACCAGCAGGAUACACAUGUCCAACUUGUAAGGAACGCAUAUUUCCUGACUCAAAAUUGGUUUCUCCUGUGGCAGAUGUGUUGAGAGAAAAGUUAGCAGGAGUAAAUUGGGCACGAGCUGGUUUAGGUUUACCUUUGCUCAGUGAAGACAGAGAGCAAAAACCAGAACAGGAGCAUCCUUCAUUGAGAAUUGAGACCACUUCGUAUCAGAACCACACAUUAACAACUUCAUCACCAUCAAUCGCUACAUCACGUUCUGUUAGCAAUGUUAACUCAGUUCACAGUAACAUAAAUAAUGUGCAUUUAAAUAAUCAAAAGGUUGGGCCACCUUAUUCAAUUGUAAAUAUCGAUUCAUCCAUGGGAUUGUCCCAGUCAACAUCAAGAAAAGUUUGCGAAGCAUAUGACGAUCCGAAAGAAAUAUCAUUUGAUCAUGAUGAAAAUAAAUACAGAAGAAAGCCUGCGAUCGAAUGGUUCUUAAGGUGGUGGAAGUUGAUAGUUAGCCCACCAACACGACGUAGAAAUACACCCAGUCCGCAAUACAGGAGAUAUACGGUGCUAGGAAUCAUGGUAAUAUUAGCUUUCAUUGGAAUGUUAAUUCUAUUCUCGUGGCUUGGACGAAUGGCUACAGACGGCGAUCCAAGUUACGAUCUUCGCGCGGAUCCGAACAUUUUAGUUGCUGAUAAACCCGCUGGUAUUUAAUAUACUCCACAUUUCAAAGCGAUGUUUGAAGGGAACUGUAGGAGUACCACGUAAAUGAAGACAUAUAUAAAUGAAGCUUGUAAGAUAAUGUAAUAAUUUUGGAUUAUAGUCGAACGAAUAUGUAUUCACUGUCUUAUGAUUUCAUUCUAAAGAAAUAACUAGCAUAAGAUAUAGUAUACUGCUAGCCAAUAUUUGUUAAUUUUUAUGUAAAGUAUGCCUUAACAUUAAGCUGUAUAUUUCACUCUGUAAAGACUUAUAAAUUUACAAGAAAUUUUCUGUAAUGAUUAUAUGAAAGAGUUUUUUAUACUAUCAUGUGCAAAAUUAAACGAAAGAAAGAAAAGAACGUUGCUAAUAUCAUUUCCACUAAUAAUAGGAACGAACUGUGUGCAGACAAGAUUUUGUAACUGUCAUAGGAGUGACACUAAUUAGAAACGCGCUACUUUGUUGUUUAUGUUGUUGCUUAUUUUAAAACGGUAUUAUAGCUUAUUUAAAACGUCGAUUUUGUUGUAUUGUUUCCAACAUUUUUUCGAUCGAAAAACCGGGAAUGUGUAUACGUUAAAAAGCAAAUCUUUUAAGUUGUGCUUAGUAACAUUAACAAUAUAGGACUGCUGUAGCAGCUUUUAGAAACUUCAUCGUAUUCCAUUUAUUCAUACAUUGUGUGACAUGUUUACAAUUCAAAUCAGAGUCUGGUAACCGAACCGAGAGAAAUAUUCGUUCAUGAAAUAUUAACAUCUCUUAACAGAUCAAACUCUGGCAUAUCGAAUCAAUUUUAUACGAAAAGAAACUAGUUUAUAGAAAAA